UUCCGCUCUCGACCACGAUGUCCUAUUAUGUGCCUCCGGUAACUCCUGGAGCUCAGCCGACUGCAACGACUACAACGUAUUCUUAUGGAGCCUAUCAGCCAUACUACUAUCAAUGGCCUCCUUACAGCUAUGCUGUACCACAGCAGACACCUUCACGCUCGGCUCAAUCUGUAACUCAAACAGCAACAGUACCAACUGCCACUACGAUACCCACAACAUCGACCACUCCGAGACCAUCCACUUACACGCCAUAUACUCCUUACACGAGUGCCACAUCCACAUCCACUGCGGGCCGGAGCUCAAGGAAACAGUCCAGCACUAAAGGGCUGUUCACCAAGGAACUGAGAAACUUAAUGUACGGAUUCGGUGAUGACCGUAAUCCUGCAAAUGACACGAUCAAUGUCAUGGAGGAAAUUCUAGUAGAAUAUAUCGCUGAUGUGUGUCAGGCUGCUGCGGGACCAGGCCGUAAAAACCGACUUUCGAUUGAGGACUUGCGAAAAGCUCUUUCUCGUCCUGCGGAUGCAAAAAAGCUUGCUCGUAUGGAAGAACUCUUAUUCGCUCAAGAAGAUAUUAAGCGGGCAAGGCAGCAGUUCGAAACAGACCCAAAAAUGGCAUAGUACAUAUCAGUAAACAAGG